AUGUCUUCCUAUCAAACCCCUGUCAUUGAGAAUAACAACAAUGAAGUUAAGGAAGUGGCUCCCAAGAAAAGAAUUUUCCGAAAAGAUUGUUGGCAUAAUUGUACUUUGCAAUUAUGGCUUGCUGGAUUUGGAAUGUUUGCCGGAUAUACUGCCUGUAUAACUUUUGCUUGGCAAUAUGGUAAUUGGUCAGCAACUUGUCUGGCAUUCAGCUCCGCACUGUUCGCAACUUGGUUAUUCUAUCUACAUUGGUCUUAUAAGAAACAAACUAUUCAAACUUGGGCACCAUCAACAUUUUUCCUUACACGUUGGAUAAAUUUUCUCAUUUAUGUAAACGCUUUGAUAGGAAUGACAUUCUGCUUCAUCUAUGCCGGUAUCAGUCAACAGAACUUGACUACAGCUGGUCUGCAAGGCGAAAACUUAUGGAUAACUGGAAUAUGGUGUUGGAUGCUCUUCAAAUGGACAAUGCUACUCUCUGUUUUCGGAAAGAAAUAUGGAGAAUCGGUAAUGAGGCCAUUGUUGAGUCCAAAUAGACAUGACGUGGAGAGUAACUGA